GAAUUAAAACAUACAUGAAUUGAUAAAGAGAUAAUGAAAUCGCACUCCUUGUAGUCUUUAGGUCUCAAAAUCUCACUUUUCUAUCUAAAAAUUGUAACCCUUGUUUCACGAACUGGUUUCAGCUUAAAUAGGAUUUUUUUUUACUGACUUGAAAAUCGCGCCACGACUAUGAAAAUUGUGACACGAUUUCUUACUUAACCCUAGAUUCCUUCGAGAUCCUUCUGUAAAAUCGUGUCACGCCACCAAAAAUCGUACCACGAUUUUUAUCGCAUAACCUAUCCUUCAUUCUGGACCAAAAAUCACGUCAUGACACAGAAAAUCGUGACACGAUUCCUUGUUUCCUAGACUUCCUGAUUUUCUGCUUUUCACAACCCUGGAUACCUCAUGUUGCCGCAAAACUCUAUCAAAAUGUCAAAAUAAGUCUAAAAAAUUACGUAAUGACAACAUGUCAUCACUCUACAUGCAUUUAUUUUUUUAAAAAAAAUAUUAUUUUUGGUUGGUCAAAGAAAGACUUAGAGAUGGAAAACACUUGUGAUGGACAUUUCGGUGUUUAAUUUUCGUCUCUAAUUUUAGAAUAUCAAAUUCUACUGUCUCAAAUUGUAAUUGUAAUAUUCUGUCUCAGUUGAUGACAAAUUAUAUCCUAUCUCUGAAUUCCAUUAUUGUUUAGAACUUUUAUCGUAGUGAAAUUAGAAUAUUUAUAAGGACAAAUAUAUAUUUUUAACCCUUAUUUUUUCAAAAUGGUACAGCUAAUCAGCCACGGAUCUAGGUUUAGUUGAUUGAGAGUAUUAACUCUAAUUAACAAAGUUAGUCUUCUCUUUAACUAGUGACAGUUGAAUCAAUUGGGAGAAAGAAUUAAACUUAAACCAUGGUUGAAACAAUCUUUAACCUGAGUUAACAAAGUCUUAUCUAUUCCGAAUAUAAAAAUGUGUUGGUACAGCUAACAUCGACAUGUUUUGUUUAACUAAGAACUCACCAUUUGAUAUUUAUGCUGUCAAGUUACUCAAUAAAAUAUUUGACAAUGAUAGAGAGGAAAACUCGAAGUCAAUGAUCUUUAUGCUAUAUAAUCUUGAAGGACUAUGAGCUUUUUCCUCACAGUUCAAUCUCACUCACAAUAUUAGCAAAUUGAAAUCAAAUAUACAACAAAAUGUGUGACUGUAAAGAUGCACUUGCCUGCGCUCGUGAUCAUUUGCUUCCACUAGCCCGUGAUCAUUUGCUUCCAUUCUUGAAGGAAGCAUUCAACAUGAUUAGGGGUGUCCCAAAAGAAAUUGAAGAAUUGCAAGAGGAACUAGAAAGAAUAGAAGUCUUCAUCAACGAUGCGGAUAAAAGGGCUGAUGAUGUAGAAGACAAGAAAAUCAAAGACAUGAUCAAGCAGCUGAUAGAAGCAUCUUUUCACAUAGAAGAUGUCAUUGAUGAUUAUAUCUUUCUUGAGGAACAACAUGCUCCUGAUCCUGGAUGUGCUGCUGGUGUUACAAACUGUGUCAAAACUAUGGCUUUCCGUCUCCAAAUAGCUUACAAGAUUCAGAACAUCAAAUCCCGAAUAAGUGAAAUAAAUGAUACAAGAACUGAAAAAGAUCAUGGCUUCUAUAUCCAAUCUUCUUCGGAUAAAGCAUCAACUAGUUAUGCAACAAACAGAAACGCCUCAUUAUUUCAGAACCUUCGAGACGCUCCACUUUACAUGGUUGAAGCUGAUGUUGUAGGAUUUGAUAAGACAAGAGACAAAUUGAUUGAUUUUUUGGUAGCAGGAAGAGCAGACCGGACAAUUGUCUCCAUUGUUGGAAUGGGAGGACUGGGAAAAACCACUCUAGCGAAGAAAGUUUUUGACAACCCAAAGGUCGUAAAACACUUUGAUCGUCGUGUAUGGAUUACGGUGUCUCGACCAUACAAUACAGAAAAAGUGUUGAGGGACAUUAUGCUCGAGUUUUACAAACAACAAAGGAAAGUUCCUCCUCAGAGUCUCCGUCAAAUGGAUCGACAGUCAUUAGUUGAUGAAGUGAGAAACUACUUGCAAGAAAAAAGGUAUGUUGUAGUGUUUGAUGAUGUAUGGGAGUCACAUUUUUUGCAUGAUAUUGAAUUUGCUAUGAUUGAUAACAAAAAGGGUUCUAGGAUAUUAAUCACUACAAGAAACAUGGAUGUUGCGAAUACUUGUAAGAAAUCUUCUUUUGUUGAAGUGUAUGAACUAAAAGGUUUGACUGUAGAACAAUCUUUUGAGUUGUUCAAUAAGAAGGCAUUCCAUGACUUAAAUGGACGUUGUCCAGAAAAUCUUAUUGAUAUAUCUUCCAAAAUUGUUAAAAAAUGCAAAGGAUUACCACUAGCAAUUGUAGUCAUUGGUGGUAUUUUAGCUCCCAAAGAUAAAAUUCCAAUGGAAUGGUAUAAGUUUAGUGAAAAUAUAAAUGCAGAGUUAGAGGAAUAUUCCAUAAUAAGAAAAAUUUUAGGAUUUAGUUACCAUGAUUUGCCUUACUACCUCAAGUCAUGUUUCUUGUAUUUUGGAUUAUAUCCUGAAGACUAUAAAGUUCAUUCAAAGACAUUGACUCGACAAUGGAUUGCUGAAGGGUUUGUGAAACAAUAUGGGGAAAGAACGAUGGAAGAGGUUGCAGAAGGAUAUUUAAAAGAGUUAAUACAUAGAAGUUUGGUGCAAGUAGAUUCAAUCAGUAUUGAUGGAAGAGUAAAACGUUGUCGUGUUCAUGAUCUAGUGCAUGAAAUGAUCCUUGAAAAACAUAAGCAUUUAAGCUUUUGCGAGAAUAUUACUGAGGGCAAACAAUUGUCUUUAACUGGAAUGAUUCGACGCCUAUCAAUAGCACCCAAUUAUGAUAAUCGAAUGGAAGGUAUUGAAAGCUCACAUGUUCGAUCAUUGCUUGUUUUCGAACCUCAAAGAUCACUUGAAUCCUUUGUAAAGACGAUCCCUACAAAAUAUAGGCGGUUGAAGGUGCUUGCUUUGAGCAACCGUGAACGGCUUGAAGUUCCUAAGGAUUUGGGAAGUUUGAACCACUUGAAAUAUUUUGGGUUCUUUGUGAUUGGAGAAACAUAUCCUAUAUUUCCAAAAAUUCCAAAAUCCAUUGGCAUGCUCGUGAACCUAGAGACUUUGGAUUUAAGAUCUCCAAAAUUUGAACAUCCUAAUAUGCCGAAGGAGAUUUGCAAGCUUAGAAAGCUACGCCAUUUAUUAGGCAACUUUAUGUCUUUGAUUCAGUUGAAGGAUGGUAUUGGAGGCAUGACAUCGCUACAAACUCUAAAUAGUGUUUAUUUAGAUGAUUAUGAAGAUGAAAAUGAUAAUAGAGUUGUAGAGUUAAUAGAAGAGCUGGGAAAACUAAAGCAGCUUAGGGAAUUGAGCUUGAGCGGUCUUAAGAGUAAAUAUAUGAGUGGUAUAUCUUCCUCAAUCAAUGAGAUGCAAAAAUUGGAGAAACUAAGUAUUAAAGGAGUCGGAAUCGGAAUGGGAUAUGGCGCAUUCAUUGAUCUUGAUUUGAAUUCACCCCCACCUAUGCUUCAACGUGUUAAACUUCAAGACCUUAAAUUAAAUAAGUUGCCUGAGUGGAUUUCAAAACUCCAAAAUCUUGUCAAGCUGAAUGUAAGCCUUACGAGGGAAGUGAAUGAUGCAAUGAAAUUACUCCAAAGUAUGCCAAAUUUGUUGUCCCUCGAAUUCUUUGAGGAAGGAAAUUAUGAAGUGGAAAGUUUACAUUUCCAAGAUGGAUGGUUUAAGAACUUGAAGGAACUAUAUCUUGCUAAUUUCUUCAAUUUGAGUCACAUCCUAAUUGACGAAGGUGCAUUGGGUUCUCUGAAAAAGCUCACUUUUGACGCCAUCUUCCAACUGAUGACUUUACCAACUGGCAUUCAACACUUACACAAGCUUGAAGUUCUCAGUGUUUUUUAUGCGAGUGAUGGACUUAUACAGAGCAUUGAUGAUGGAGAAGAGCAAUUGUUCUCUAUAGAAACUAUGUAAUGGAAAGGUGAUGACCGUCGGUGGAUUUGAGAUUCAACAUUGCUUCUUUCUGUUUUUGAUUUGGCACUUCCCUUCCUCAAUAAAAAUAAAUGUGUUAUAUAAAUAAAUGCGUUAUAUAUAUAGCUAUUUGUGAGUUUAUUCAAGAAAAUUGAGUUGUUUAUGAUUGUAUAAUAUAUGUUGUGUGAACUGUGAACUUUUCUUCUUCUACCAGCCUUUCUUCCUCUAGAGGUUUGGUUGUUGUUUGUAUUGAAUUAGAGUACUGAUCUUUCUACUAUUUUCUAUA